AAGAUAUGUCUCGCAAAAUGCUAGAAGUGAAGAGAAUAGUCGCUUGAUUACUUUUAGAUUAACGAAAUAAGACGGUAAUGUCGCAUUUUAGUGUAUUAAAUUAAUCGGUAAUCCCUUAUUUUAGUGAGUUUUAUUAUUUCUUGAAAAAUAAAAUUUAAAAUUCAUUUUUGCCUUAUGGAACUUAAAUAAAAGUAUUUUUAAAAGUAAAAUACCAUCUUUUUGUUGGAAUACAACAACAAUUUAACACAUUUUACAUUCACUAAUAAUUGGAUUUACAAUAAAUAGAACGUUUAUUUAACUUCUGCAAAUUGUCGUGGAACUCGGCCUUUAGGCGACGGUGGCUGACGGUGGAUAAUGAUUGAUGACGGUUCGUGAUUGUGGAUGACGGUGGAUGGGGUGAAUGAUAUGUGGAUGAAGGUGGAUGACUUUAGAUGAUGGUGGAUGAUAGACGGAUGAUGGUGGAUGAUAGAUGGAUGAUUGUGGAUGAUGGUGGAUAACGGAUGAUGAUGGUGGAUGACGUUUGAUGUUGGUGGAUGAUAGAUGGAUGAUUGUGGAUGACGAUGGAUGAUGGUAGAUGAUGGUAGAUGACGGUGGAUGAUGGUGGAUGACGGUGGAUGACAGUGGAUGAUGGUGGAUGAUAGAUAGAUGAUUGUGGAUGACGGUGGAUGAUGGUAGAAGACGGUGGAUGAUGGUGGAAGAUGGUGGAUGACGGUGGAUGACAGUGGAUGACAGUGGAUGAUGGUUGAUGUUGGUGGAUGAUAUAUGGAUGAUUGUGGAUGAUGGUAGAUGACGGUGGAUGACGGUGGAAGAUGGUGGAUGACGGUGGAUGACAGUGGAUGAUGGUUGAUGUUGGUGGAAGAUAGAUGGAUGAUUGUGGAUGAUGGUGGAUAACGGAUGAUGAUGGUGGAUGACGUUUGAUGUUGGUGGAUGAUAGAUGGAUGAUUGUGGAUGACGAUGGAUGAUGGUAGAUGAUGGUAGAUGACGGUGGAUGAUGGUGGAUGACGGUGGAUGACAGUGGAUGAUGGUGGAUGAUAGAUAGAUGAUUGUGGAUGACGGUGGAUGAUGGUAGAAGACGGUGGAUGAUGGUGGAAGAUGGUGGAUGACGGUGGAUGACAGUGGAUGACAGUGGAUGAUGGUUGAUGUUGGUGGAUGAUAUAUGGAUGAUUGUGGAUGAUGGUAGAUGACGGUGGAUGACGGUGGAAGAUGGUGGAUGACGGUGGAUGACAGUGGAUGAUGGUUGAUGUUGGUGGAAGAUAGAUGGAUGAUUGUGGAUGAUGGUGGAUAACGGAUGAUGAUGGUGGAGGAUGGUGGAUGACGGAGGAUGACAGGGGAUGAUGGUUGAUGUUGGUGGAUGAUAGAUGGUGGAUUGUGGAUGAUGAUGAAUGACGGUGGAUGGCUGUGGAUGAUAGAUGACGGCGGAUUACUUUGGGUGCCUGUGGAUGAUGGUGGAUUAUGUUGGAUUACUGUGGGUGACGAAGGGUGACAUUAGAUAACGGUAGAUGACACAUCCAUCUAUCAUCCACCGCCAUACAUCCAACGUCAUCCACCGUCAGUAUAUACAGUAUACAACAACGAUGUCGGCACACAAAGGACUAAAUGGUACAAAACAAAUAAUUGUAAAAACUGACCUUUUAUGCUCUGGGAAGUCCAAGGAAAAAAAAUGGAACUGUUUUAAAUGUUUUAUUAAACAGGAUAUCGUCCUUUUAAGACAAUCAAAAGUUCGUUGAAGACUUUAAACUUUGUGAAGUUGCAACGGAACUGAAACUCCUUUAAAUAUGAUGGAAACAAUGUGUCACUUGUUCCGUACUGUCUUUUCAGUUUACGUUUGGCGCGCAUCCAUAGAUUUUCUAUAUUUUGUGUGUGCACAUCUGGGUCGUUGGGAUCAACAAAAUUUCUUUCGUGCACUACAACUGAAUGUAUGAAUAUGCCAUUGGACAAUUGCUCUAUGUUCCUAUAGCCUGCCCAGCCAUCUGUUAUUAUGUGUGUCCCUGGCAAAACCUGUUGGACGAUAAUGUUUUCCAGGGUUCCAGCUGUUCUGUCUGGAACUUCCACUAGGAAGCAUUUUCCAGUGGACCUUUCUAUGCCACCAAAAACCCAGUGGCCUUGACGCCAUGCUCCUCUGUGGUAUUUCCGAUGGAAAUAUUUUGAUUCGUCAAGCUCAACCACAAUGGGCUCCCCAUUAUCGUCAAAGCCACCAAUCUGAGUUGCAUGCUGGUUCAGAUAAAUCCCUAUAUCCUCUCGAAGAAAAUUAAACCAGUCAAUCACCGUGUUUUGGUUUUGGAUUUGAGACUCAUGCCUCGUAACAUCUUGAGGAGAAUCAAUGGCGAAACAGUAUAUGAGAAUGACUAAUUUAGAUAAUGGUAGAUGGCUCCUAGUAAAAAAUGAGCCAUCUCGUAUACUUUUCCUCAAACGACAAAUUGGACACUUCCAUAUAUGUUUGUCAAUACCUUGAUUGUGGGUUGCAAGGUUACAAGCCACAUGGCAAUUGUUGCAUUCCAUUUUAUUCUUUAAAAGGGAGCGCCUUGCAAGAAAUUCCAUUGUUGUAUUGACAUUAUUUGUUGCCUCACAAAGUGUGCGCAUAAGCCAACUCUCAGUCCGAAGUGCUGCAUCAUUUAAAAUUUCCGUUGGAUCAACAAUUUGAAUCCUAUUUAAUCUUGGUCUUCCGGCCAUUUUCAACAAAGAGAUCCCAGUACACCAUUAAUACCGCAAAAUGAGUGCGUCCUAUUAUAUAUAAUUAUGAUCACCAGCCCUCACUCUCAUGCUUCUUAACGCAAAUCAGUCAACUUAAGCUCAUUGGUAUACGAAAAAGGGGGAGGGGUGCUCAAAGUAGCGCUGACCAAUCACGAACAACGUAUCUGCUUACCAUGAGUGUGAUUUGCGAUGACCAUCAGUAAAUGACCCCACGCUAUGGACGAUUUCCCCCACCCCCAUUUCUCCGUCGCCACAAAUGUUCAAAACAAAUGGGACGCAUUCUCACAAAUUUGUGCCACCCCCCUUCCCUUUCCUUUUCCAGAUCCAUUCUAGACAAUUUUUUCAACACCAGCUCCGCUUCAAGCUCCGAAAAAAUGAAUAAGGGGAGGGUGAUGAUUGAGAGUUUAUUAAUAUUAUUGUCAGUUCCCUAUGUUAUUAGCCGUGCAUUUGAAAUACACGUAUCGGCAACAUAAUAGGUAGAAGUAGAAGAGUAGGGCAACGGUUUUAAUAAAUACUACUUUGUUGAUAUGAAACGGGAAUAUUAUGUUGUUUUUUUGUGUUAAAUUAAUAUAUCAUAUCACAUAUAUACAUAAAAAUGAAAAUUUGUGGGUUCGUCUGUCUGUUUGUUCCACAAAAGCGUUCACGCGGAUUGAUGGAUCUUGACCCAGCUUAGCACAUAUAUCCAUCAUUAUCCGGAUGGAACUCUAAGUCUUAAGGAUAAGGGGUUAUGAACUUUUUAUAACAUUCCGUUAGGAGCUGGGGGGGGGGGGGCCCGAAUUCGUUUUUUUUCCUAAUAUUAUAUGUGCUAUAUAAAUAAAAUUACUAAAAAAAUACCUUAACAUGAAUGGAUUAAUCUUGUAAUGGGAUCUCAUCGGGUUUGCGGGAUCAUACCGAGGUUCUAUAGGAAAACGGGAUCAGUGGCCUACCUGGAUCGGGUUCUAUUGGGAUCAGGAUCCCACCGGGAUUUGGGAUCAAACGGGAAGCAGGAUCCCCACGGGAUCGGGAUCCCACUGGAAUCAAGCUAUCGACGUGAAUGGGAUCACACCAGGAUCGUGAUACCGACGGGAUUGGGUUCCCAGCGGGAAAUGGGAUCGAUCCUAACGGAAUCGGAACCCCCAAUGGGGUUGGUAUCCCAAUGGAAAUGGGAUUACAUUGGGAACGGGAUUUCAAUGGGAUUGGGAUUCCAAUAGGAUCUGGAUCCCAUUGGAAAAUGGGAUACUAUCGGGGACCGAAAGGUUUACACAAGUUAUUUUAAAUGUGUUUUUAUACGAGACAAAUUAAUUAGGGUUUGCUUUUUGUUUUUUUGUUUUUUUACUUGGCGCAUAAUUUUAAUGUAAAUUAAAAGUCCGUAGACGUUGUUGUUUUUCCGAUGCUAUCCCGGGCAACGCCGGGUAUCUUUGGCUAGUUAAUUAAUAUUAUUUGGAGCUCAAAGAAGUAAGGAAUUUCAGCAGAAGCAGACCCACUCCAGCUCCGGCGGUGGACAACCUUACUUCCAAGAACCUAGCUUCUCUUGACAGCGCCACUUUUAAUUCAUCAACUUCAGCCCUAGUUAAACAAAGGUGUUACAUCAACACCACGUGCUCAAGCCAUGCCUCUGGUUCCCUUGUCCAUCUAGUUAAACAAAGGCAAAGGUAUUACAUCAACACCACGUGCUCGAGCCUUGCCUCUGGUUCCCUUGCCCAUCAGUGGCUUGGACAUCGGUGGCUCUUUGAUGUUCGUGGAAUCCUAUUACGUCGAGACUCCGUGCUCGGCGUCUUUUGCCAGGCCCACUGUUUCGCGGUUUCUCUGGUCAGCUUACACCACUACUGAAACUGCUACGUUGUCAUUCUUUGAUAUGGUGACGUAAUGCAUCGUCCCGGUCACUCUUGGUCAGAUAACUAAAUUCACAAGUAAAUGAUGAUGUGUGUGUACGCUUCCUUGGUAAUCAGUUUCAAAUCCUACGCCCCCCCCCCCCCAUGGCUUCAACUUCAAGGGGCUACCCGUAUAUUUCGAGCGCUCUGGGAGAGAGAAAAAAAUUGGGGUGGGGGGAUACGUGAUGCCGAUCAUCACGCUCUGAUGGACAGGGGAAGUUAACCCCCACCCUCCUGCCCCACGUCCACCAUCCAAGAUAAGACCUUUUAACCUUCAUACUGGCACAGAUCGCAUUAUAUGGGUCUAGAGUGAAUGGACAACACGAUGGGACGACGGCACCUUCAACGCUCAGAGAGAUUCCGGUCACUGCGCCUACACCCCAGUGUAAGCCAAUGCCGGUCCCUACGCCUACACCCCAGUGUAAGCCGAUACCGGUCCCUACGCCUACACCCAAGUGUAAGCCGAUGCCCCUGAAUCUGACAUAAUUGUCUAUUAUUUUUACAUUCCUUUAACCGUAUCAAUAAUACUUUUGGUCUGAGACUGGCAAAAAAUCUGGCCAAACUUCAGCGAAACAGACAAAAACAAUAGCAGCCAUCGAUAGUCUUUGUAAAUACAUGGUUUAUAUUAAAUUUUCACCUUAAAACCACUGCAAAAUACAUGAAAAAACAAUUGGAAAACAAUAAAUACAUGUUGCAGUAGCCACUGAAGUGUUUUAAUGUAGUUCCAUGAGGUAAAAAUGAAUUUUUAAUUUUAUUUCUGUAGAAAUAAUAAAACGCACUAAAAUAAGGGAUUACCAAAUUAAUCAUAAGUGACAUAGCCUUUUUUAUGCAGCGCCAUACAUUUAAAAAUAAAUAUUAAAAGUAACCUUUUGGACUUUCUGUGCCAAAAAGACGGAGCCCCUAGUGUUUACGUUAGUUCACACAAGCCCAGCGCCAGCAGCACUUAUUUUGAGAGUGAGUUUGCAAAAAAAAAAAAUAAAAUGAAGUAAUUACUUUACUCAUUAGCACUAGCUAUAUUAUAUAAUACAUAAUUGUAGGACAUUGAAUGAACUAGUAAAAUAUGUAUGUAAUAAACCAAACUAGAUACUUCGGUAGGUCAAGGGAGACUACUACUUUUUGUGUAUGGGAUUUCGCAAUCGGCGCUGAAAAAUCCGAGUUUUUAAUUUUCCGAUGUGUGUGUCUAUUUAUUAUUAAAUUAGUACUUUCGAUAUAUAUUUGAGUUCCGUUUUCAGCCUUAUAAUUAGGUAGACAUCUUGGCCUACAUUUUAAUCAAUUUCUUUUUCAUUUACAAUCAGUCAGCUUUGAGAAAAUCCUUGGUAAACAUAAGGCAACUUUCAUCAUUAAAAUUAAGUCGAAGGAAAAAAUUUGUCACUACCAAAUUUUUUUUGCAUCUGGGGAAUCUAUUGAUCUACAUGUAUGCCAAUUUUCACAGCGAUAAGUGUCUUACGAGAGACGCUAUGUUUCUACGCGUUCGCAGCAGGUCAUGCAGCUCGCUCAACCUAAUUUCGCCAUGGGGUGGGCCACGCCCCCUUUGUAAUGGCGGAAGUUGCCGAUACUUAGGAAAUAUUAAUUUAUUACCACUAUCUACAUCAAAAUAAUUGAUAACUUGUGUUUCAGAAUGCAUUUUGAAGACAUUUAAACUGGAAUGUUUUAAUUUGAGCUUUAACAACCCGGUAGAAUCCAUAUUAUAAAUGAUCAGAAUUUACCGUGUGCAACACGUUGUCAUUGGCAACCAUUCACAGCCACUUGCAUAACUGUAUCGUAGUACUACCUCAGAGUUUCAUUCAUAAGAGUUUGCCGUGUGCAAAAACUACUAAACCAUUGGUCAGGGAAAGCUUUAAUUAAUUAUUCAUGUGCCAAAGUUGAAAGUUUAAACUAAGUCGACCCUAAACAGUAUUUUAGUGAUAAGGCGAUGCGUUGCCUUAUAUAAAGUAUAUAGUCAUUGCGCAUGACGCGAUCAGCGGAAUGAGGUCACAAGAUGUGGAGGUUUCGUCCAUAGUAAAAAAUACCAAACGAACUCACACUUUAAAAAUUCAUAGCUCAAAAAGUACUUAAGCUAAAAAGUUGAUUCUGGUUUCAUUUUUUUAUUUGAAAUUAGCUCUAACUAACUGUGCUAUUAAAAAAAUUAUUUGAAUUUUUUAAAAUUUUGUAUUCAAGUGGCUAACCAAACUAAAAAAAAUGUCAAAUUUGAGUCAUUGAAAACAUUUACAAUUUAUAAAAAAAUGAUCCUGAUUUUGCGCACAUUUUUUUUUUACACUUAGAAUAAAUGAUCAAUUUAUGUUCGGCAAGCCACUUUGAGUUCCUGUGUAGAUUCUCUCCCCAUUAUUUAUUAAUGGAUUGUUACUAGCAUUGACUUUUCUUUAUCUUAAAUAUAAAUAUGCCAAUUAAAUGGUUUUGAUUGGUGGCUUUAUUAAUAUUUCAUUGUUUGGGUAGUUAUAGUUAUAAUAUUUAAAACUAGGAAGAGAAUCCUACACUUACGCAGAAACUCAAAGGGGCAUUUUUUUAGCACAGUAAAUUAUCAAUGGAAGCGGCCAUUAAAUUAUCGAGAUAAGCAAAAAAAUCCUCAUAGCAAUCUGAUUACCUGGUAUGAAGACCAGUCAGUCAAUGUUAUUAUUGGGGCCAUUAGAUCUGCAUUGGGCCAAUAUUUCAUCCCCGCCGUCUCGAGAGGAUUAAGUUACUAAGUAGGGCUAAAAAAUUAAAGUGCAAGUUCAUUAAUCCUUUUUGACUAUGUCACAUUUUGUGACUGAUUCCACUGCUUGCAUAAUGUGCGAAAACUUGUGUUUUAUUGAGAAUUUUAAUUACCUUUUAUUUUCCGGUUUAUUUCUAUACUGUAAUUUGGCAUUUUUAAAAGAAAUUUUAACAAUAAAUUAGACUUCUGUAAAAUAAUAAAUAAAUUGUCUUCUUUCUUGGCAUCAUCCCUAUGUCUUAUCAUUAAGUGAUAAUAUACUAUUAUGUUAAGGCUUCAUAUGUUAUCAAUAGCAUUCAAAUAUAAAAAAACAGUUUUUUUUCUGGACAUCAGUAUUUUCACGCAUUUAAGACGCAACCAUUUAUAAGACGCUGGUUUUGGCGAUUUGUGAAAACAAAAAUUACCCGGUACAUAAGAUGGAUGCUGCCUAUCUAUCUGCUACACUGAGCAAUUUAUAUACAGUGGUUUCGUUUCCUUUCUCAUAAAUUAAAAUUUGUUCAAUGUUUCAUCACCCGUCAGAUGUGAACAAAGGGUUCAUUACCAUUUUUAGUUGACCGAUAGAUCAAAGAAUUGUCUGAGGCAGGACGUAAUGAUUAUUGUUUAUUCUUAUCUGCCGCCGGGCCAAUAGCGGAUGGGUUGAAGACCUAUAUCUAGAUUCUAGAAACAAUAAACCCCAGAUGUAAAUAUUGCUUCAUUGAUCUGCUAUUAGUCUAAACCCCAGAUGUAAAUAUUGCUUCAUUGAUCUGCUAUUAGUCUCAGCGAGUGGGAUUAGUAUCGUACAUAAACCAAUAAAUGCCAGAUGUAUGUAUAUAAUACAUGGGUUUUGACAAUUUGUGUAAAAAUAUUUUACAUAAGACGCAUCCUUAUAUUAGACACAGGUUUUGACGAUUUGUGUAAACAAAAAUUACAUAAGACGAACGUGGCAAAGUCAUCUGCCGCACUGAGCAAUUUAUAUCCAGUGGUUUUCUUUAAUUUAUCAUAAAUGAAAAUUUGUCCAAUGUGUAAUCACCCGUCAGAUGUAAACAAGGCUUCAUUAUCGUUUUUAUUACUGGUAGAUCAAAGAAUUGGCUGAGGCAGGACCACAACGAUUAUUGCUUAUUCUUAUCUGCCGCCGGGCCAAUAGCGGAUGGGUUGAGUACCUGGUAUCCAGAUUGUAGAAACAAUAAACGCUAGAUGCAAAGGCAGCUUCAUUGAUAUACAAAUCAUUGAAAUGAAAGGAUUUUAAAUUUGAAUUGGCCUGAUCUUGAUUGGUACACGUGGUAAUUACUGAACACUUACCUAAUUGUUUUUACAACUAGGAAUGAAAAUCGGGAAACAUGAAUAUAGACCGCAAUAAUCGUCCUUCAAAAUCACACACUGUACUAUUAGUGUGUGUUAAAAAACACUUAUUGUAUUCUCGCACAUAUAAGCCACACCCAUAUAUAAGGCGUGGGUUUUGAUGAUCUGUGUAAAAAAAUAUUUUACAUUAGAUGCAACAAUAUAUAAGACGCACCCUGGGUGCGGUUUAUGUAAAACUUUGUAUAAGAAGUGUCUUAUAUACACAAAAAUAUAUUACUCCCAUUUCCGUGACUAAUUUAAUAGUAAACCCCUCACUCCUGCUUUACCAACCUAUCUAAAUUUUAACUUUCAUUUUUUUUUUAAAAUUAACAUCCCUAUUCUUACCAGACACAAUACAUUUUCCACAGAAAAAUAAUGGAUUUCUAAUUUCUUGAAACAAGUGUCUCAAUUAAAUACAUUGAACACAUUUUGUUUCAAAUUAUUUAAAUUCUGCUUACACUAUACCACUGCAGUCAACAGUUCUGCAUUUCACUUAAUUUAUAUAUUAAAUAUGUUAUUUAUGAGUUGUUUCCGUAUUUCAGUAAAUUUUCAGUACACCAUGUUCAGUAAAGUUGGUUCGGAUAAAACAAAAUUUUUAGAGCACAUCAAAGCUGCCAGGGAUGAAAGGGCUCAGGAUAGAGAGAAGGAAGUAGCAACUGUACGAAUUCAGGUAAAUAAAUCGUUCACUGCAUUUUUUUAUAUAAAUCCAUAAUAUUGGGUGGGUGAAGCAAAGUGACUUUAUUUAUAAUUUCUGUAAUUUAAUACUAUAAUAAAACCACAUAAAUGUGUAAUUUUCAACUAUAAUUUAAUGUAAUUACAAAUUUAUAUUAUUGUAAAUAAAUGCUCAGUUGCAAAAAAUUGUAUAUUGAGGGGAUGGGGUGUAUUUACCUACCUUGAACAUUUAUAACAGAUAAUUUAAGUUGCUCUGCCCUUCUAAAUCACUGGGUACCCUAAAGUGGUGCAAUAUAUUAAAAUACAACAGCUUUGAUGACAUCUUGUAGCAUUUGUAGUAUGGUGCAUUUAACAUAUUUUUUUACAAAAUUUUAAGCUCAUUAAUAAGACUGCUGUGGAAAAAUUGUUUAAUUAAAAAAAUAAGUCUAAUUCUUGAGAGGUCCUCAAUUUCAUCAUGAUAUUUUACAGUCAAGUGUGAGAGGAUAUUUUUCAAGGAGGCGGCUCAAGAAGGCUAUUUAGUAUGUACACUAUUCAAACUGUAUCUAUUUCUUUGAUGGUUAUGGUCUGUUGACAGAAUCUUGUUCUUAUAUUAAUGAAUUGUAUCUUUUGUCAUUAUCUCAUUUAAACUUUCUUAGAGGAGGAUUCAAGAGGCUUUUAGACACUAAUGGAAAAUCUAUUAAAACAAUUUCAUUGCAUUUAUUUUAAUUGAACUAAGUAAAUAUUGUUUUUAGUUGAAGCUUUAUUUAUUGUAUGCUCUCAAAUGCCAUGUAUGAUUAUUCUUGCUACAGUGAGGAAAUUGACACAUUUUUAAAUGCACCACCACCUGAAAGUGAUGCAGAAUACAAACCAACACUAAAACCUGGUAGGCAUAGGGCAAUAUGCUCUCAAAUGCCAUGUAUGAUUAUUCUUGCUACAGUGAGGAAAUUGACACAUUUUUAAAUGCACCACCACCUGAAAGUGAUGCAGAAUACAAACCAACACUAAAACCUGGUAGGCAUAGGGCAGAAUUGUUAUAGAUUUGUUAAUUUUAUUUUGGAUGACUUUAGAUACUUACAAUAGCCGCUAUAACAAAACUUUACAAGUAUUACAAGGCUAUUUCUAUUACCCAGAUCAACCCUUUGUCCUCCUGCAACCGCUUGCAAAUUUCGCGGUCCCUUAAGGACAUUAUCAGUAAUAUUGUUCUUAAUCUAUACACCUGUGUUAUUUUUUUAUGCCUCAUUAAAUGUGAUAAAAUAGCUACCAUUAAUGACUUUUCAUAGCUUUAAAUUUUCUUAAGUACUGCAGUGUUGUUCGAAUCAGUCACCAAUUUUUUUGCUAAAAGAUUUUUCUUUAAACAUUUUUUUAAAGCUCUAGAGGUAUUUCAAGUGACCAAGAAAUUUUUAUUUCAACAUGAUCCUCAUUUAGAUCAAGAUAGAAGGGUGAGAAAUUGCAUUUUUCAAAUAAUUUUAUGAUUGUCAUUGUGAAAAAUGAAAAGAAUGUUAUCUUGAUUUUUUAACAUUUUCCUUUUUUUGUUUUAAAAUUUUUUUUAAAAAGGCAUUCACUUCAUUGAAAAAUUAAUGCUUCCAGUGUUUUUUUAAGUCCCCUAGUACAUGGCACAAAUAGUCUUUAAGUCCCCUGGUACAUGCCAUAAACAUACAAAGAUGUAAUUGAUGAACUUACAACAAGGUGUAGGUGAUUAUAAUCUAAAAAUGUACUAAAUGGUCCAUUUGGCUCAGUACAUCUAUGAAAUAUACUUAUUGAACUGAAUGAUGUGGUGCAAUAAAAAUUCAUAUGGAUUGUAAAUUGCAAUUUUUUCAAAUAACAUUUAGUGACUCAUCAUUUUUUAAAUUUAAUAUUUAUUUCAUUCUGUAAUGACUUUUGAACUAUAAACCAAAAGUGCUAGUUUCAUAUGCUUUUUACCACAUUAGGGAAACUACACUAGAAUAGAAAUAUAUAUUAGGAAUUUUAUUGUGUUUCAAGUCAUAGAAUAUGUGUUAUGUUAUUGAUUGUGAGAAAAUCUUUUCAUGUUGACAGAGAUUUGAAUACCUAUGUCGGUACAUCCUUGCAACCAUGGAGUGUGACGUCUUAAAAGUUAGUAGCCCUUGUUUGUUAAACUAUUCAAUGUUAAUGAUUUAUAGCAGCACUACCAUAUUUUUCCCAAGCCAAAAUUCUAAAAAACAGAUUUUUUUAAAAAGCAAUUUAAAAAGUAAAGGGUCAUUUGAUGAAGGAUAAGAAAUAGGUAUUCUCUUACAAAUUAUAUAAACAGUACUUUCUUUUUAUUUUCAGUACUGCUAUGUGUCAGUAUCUUUUAACAAGCAGUUUACACUUGCCUGGAUUGCACAACUCAAAUCUCUACUAUGGAAAUGUUGUCAGUAUUUUUACACACUAAGGGUAAGUUGAUCAUUUUAAGAUAAAUAGAGCAAAAGGUGUAUGAAGUUUGACUUUAAAAAAAAGAAACAUUUGGGACAAAAACCUGAAUCAGCAGACAAAAUGGACCAGUAAAACUAAGUAUAAAAUGAAAAGAAGCAUGACAGCUUCUCUUGUUAGAAAGGCCUGUUCUACUACUCCAAUGUUCCACUGCAUCACUGGUUCACUACUCCACUGUUCCACUACACCACUGUUUCACACUAAUACAAAUGUGUUUUUGUGUCUAUAUAAGCAGAGUAUGGCUAAAAAUUGCACUUGUAAACCUUCAGUCUUUCUAAAUAAGAAUGAAACAUCAUAUUGAAGUAAUCUAAAUCUUUUGAACAAUAUCUUAGCCUGAGAACCAUAAUGACAUUCGGACUGUGAAGGUCCUACUGAGCAUGCUGGUGACAUUUACUUCUCACACCAAUUGGGUGGCAUUCAAAGAUAAAGAGAGUAAGUCACUUUUGAUAAGACCUAAAUGAUCGGUUAUGGCACAUUUUAUGGCCCACCUUGAAACAUUAAACUAAUUAAGUGCAGAAAAAAUAAUGUAAACGCUAUUCUAUAUUAUCUAUUUCAUUAAAACAUGAACUUUAAUUUUACAACUAUAUGAAAAUGAUAAAAUCAAUUUUGUUGUUUCAGAUCUACACCCUGGUUUUUCUAAGCUUUGUGAAAAUGUAAUGGGAGACUUGAAUAGCAGAGGACUUUACACGGCUCUGGAGGUAUUGCUGACACAUAAGCAGCAAACAUUUAAAUUCAUUGUGAAAGUUAUGUUCUCAGAAUUAUAAGAUCUGGGAUAGAGUUAAGAGAUUUAACAUUUAGAUGUCUGAGAGUACUUCAUCUAGCAACGAUGGGGAUGCUGAAAUUAUUCAUUUUCCCCUGAUGAUAGAUGAUGAUUUAAGUAUGAGUCAGGGCUAUCAUUUCUGAUUUUAUGACUUCUAGGGGAAAUGGCUGUAUGCUUAAAUUUCAUUUUGUGGGACAACACAUGUUUUCAAAGACUACAAUUUGUGAAAAAUUUACAAACAUGAGCUAAUUUCUGGCACAAAAUGAUGAAUAUAAUUAGAUUUAUUAAUUUUAAAAGUAUAGUGAGUCAUUUAAUUCAGAGUCAUUCAAUUUAGAGCAGGAUUCGUUGUUGAUCAACGAAUCUAACAUGGGGAGGCUACUCUUCUCUUCAACUUUUCAUAAAAUCUUUUUCAGGCAUUGUUGAGGAAAGGGUUAUGUCGAGCCAAGAUAGUGUUCAACAAAGCCUCACUCACUGCAAUCAUUACAGUGUCUUUGAGGUAAGAAUAAUAUCCUCAGAAACAUAUUUAAUUUUUCUUCUUGUUGAUUAUUGCUCACACAAAAAAACAUGUGUGAAAAUUAAUUUAACAGUGCAUUGGUUGAGAAGAGUGUCAUUGCUGAUGAACUCUCUUCUUCCUUUGCUUGGCAGACUACAGGAGUAUUAUUCAUAAUUAAUUAUUUCAACAUGUAUAUAAAUAAUUAUUAAUCUUAAAGAUAAAUCAGUUGUUAAGUAUAUCUUUUUGACAGAGGAAAAAAAAAAUAAACCUCACUUUAUUCUAUUGACAGACCUCUGAUGGCUGCCAAUUUCUCCACCAACUUACUGAGUGCAUUCCUACUCCAUGUGCUUUCAGUGCCCGCAGUAGUCAUCCAUGUCAAUACAAUUGCUAAAGAUGUAAUUACUUCAUUUGAAUUCAUAGUUUAUAUGUUUCACUCUCCAUCAUUCAACUAGCCUCACUCCCCACAUAAUUGGACCAUACGACAUCGAGUUGAAGAUUGAAUAUUCAGGGUUUAGUGAACGGGCACCCUUGAAAUGUUAUAUUGAUUUAACUUAUUUCACUUUAAUAGGAGUCUAUAAUUUUUGGCAUUUUGAAGAGGACAAAGAAUAAGCCAAGCUAAAAUGGAAUAAUUUGAUAAAUCUUCUAUUAAAGAAAAUCUCAAUCCGUUUUACAUUAAUUUUGUAAUCCCAUUAAAAUCAUUAUAAAAUCAUUUGUUGUUGAAAUGAUGAGUGUUUUUUUUUUUUACCUCUUUACAUUUGUUUCUGUAACCAAAGUGUAUUGCAACAAUGGUGACCAGCCGGAUAUUCAAGAGAUGCCUUGAUCUGCUCACAUGUGAGCAAAGCACUAGAAUAAUAUUCAACUCUCUGGAAGGCAACUACGCACUGUGUCUCAUGGGUCUGUGAAAACAUUCUUUGGUUCAUCCUUUAGUAAUGUAGGCGUUGCUUUUUUAAUGAAUCUCUUCAAUAAUGUGUAUAAUUUAGUAUUAUUUUAAAAAAAAACAACACUAUUUGCACCACCAUUUUUUUAUAAUAGCUUAAUGUUUCAUUCAAUAUUUUUAUAUCAACAGCAAAUUUAAUCCAGCUUGGCUUUGUUGAAAUGGAGGUAAGAUUGCCCACUGUGUGCUGCUUUAAGUCUAGUUUGAGAAUAGUUAAUAUUCAGGAUAAUCCAACCAUAACUCUGUUCAGAAUUAAUUAUUCCCUUCCUAUAAAGAUGAAAUCUGAGAAAGGCUUUACCAUGUAAUGGAAUCAAUUAACCGAAAAAUUGGGGGAUGCCAUUUGCUGUAACAUUCAAUGAUAUAAUUUUCAAACGGAAUGGCUAAACAUUACAAAAGUUCUAAUAUGAAUGUUUUGACAAAAAAAACUCUCAUUACUUUCCACGUUGGGGGGAAAUAAAUAUACACUGUAUUAUCUUGCAUGUAUACAGUGCAGUUAUUAUACUUUGAAUCAACUCAACUAUUUUUGGCAUGUUUUUUUUAUAACAUUCAAUGAUAUAAUGUUCAAACCGAAUGGCUAAACAUUACAAAAGUUCUAAUAUGAAUGUUUUGACAAAAAAACUCUCAUCACUUUCCAAGUUGGGGGGGAAAUAAAUUAUACACUGUAUCAUCUUGCAUGUAUAAUAUGGUGCAGUAAUUAUAUUUUGAAUCAACUCAACUGUUUUUGGACUAACCGAUCACUUUGUUUCUCUUUUUUUUUUCCCCCCAGGGUCUGGUUGAAAACACAGUGGACUUUAUGGUAGAUCUUGUUUGUCCGUUUUAGAAAACUUGAAUUGUUAGUACUUUUAUUAUCUGCCUUUCCCACAUUUAACUGACUUAGAUUUGGUAGAUUCAUGCUCUGGCUCACCUUUGUUGAUCCUUUUAUGAUCAGUCGGUGAUGAUUCGCCUGCUUGAAAGCUGCCACAAGUACGUCCAAAACAAGAAGUCCAACCUGACCCAUUGGCACCCUGUCCUCGGCUGGUUCUCACAGAACACGGAUGUCAGGUGACGUGUGCACUCGGUUUUACUCUUUUGAAUUUUGCUCUGCCGCAUUAGUUUCUUUUCUUUGAUCUUUAACUUUUAUUUCAGUUAAUGCAAAUAGCAAAUAUAUUUUGUUUUCUUUUCUUCCCCUAAAAUUGUUCAUUUAUUUAUCUGAUUAAAGUUGAAUAGUGAUUUAUAAAAUCGCCUGUUAAACAGCUGGGCAGGACGGCUGGUUAAACAGCUGGGCAGGACAGCUGGUUAAAUAGCUGGGCAGGACGGCUGGUUAAAUAGCUGGGCAGGACGGCUGGUUAAAUAGCUGGGCAGGACGGCUGGUUAAAUAGCUGGGCAGGACGGCAGGUUAAAUAGCUGGGCAGGACGGCUGGUUAAAUAGCUGGGCAGGACGGCUAGUUAAAUAGCUUGGCAGGACGGCUGGUUAAAUAGCUGGGCAGGACGGCUGGUUAAAAAGCUGGGCAGGAUGGCGGGUUAAAUAGCUGGGCAGGAUGGCUGUUGAAUUUGAUGCCUUUCUGUGACCCAUACAAAUAUCUUGUAGCUCAUGUUUAUGUAAUAUCAAUUUUGACCGAUUUACAGCCUCCAUGAAUCGAUGCCGAAUGUCGUACGCCAGCUUCAGUUGCUGUGGAGUGACAAGAUGAUUCGCCUCAUGUUUGCUGUACUAUUGGAAUACACAGAAACGAGUCCUGUCCUUGACCCUGAUCAAAUGCCUCCCAAACAUAAAAGUUAGUUUGUGUAUUGUUGCUUGUCACAAUAAUAAUAUAGCACAGGGGACUAAAUUGAAAUUACUGAGCUUUCAAAAAAAAGUUAUUAUAUUUUAUACCUUUUUCCACCUGUAACAACAUCAUUGUACAACAUGUUGGAUAAUAAAUGUUUGAAAAUAGAGUUGUUUUAAUUCAACUGAACUAACAAGUUUUUUUUUAUGAAAGAUAUUUUUUCUGCACUGUUUGUUAAAAAAUUUUGUUAUUUUAAGUCUUUGUGGGCGAAUGUCACUCCUAUAAUUCAAAGUGAUUAUUUUACAUACGUAUAUACUCGCAUAUAAGACUACAUUGCAUAUAAGCCGACCCCAUGGCCAGUUUUUGCAAAAACCUGCAUAUAAGCCGACGAUACAAUUGUCUAAUUUUACUCCAUAUUUUUGGUUCAUAGAAAUUUGUUAUUGUAAAGAUGUAAAAUGCUUACUUUUAUGUUACAUACCAGUUUGUUUACCUUUUGGAAUGACACAAAAACGUGUUCUGCUCUUUCCACAUUUUUUGCUAUAAUAAUAUCUGAACUUCCGCUCAUAAGUUAUUCACAACUAAUGAUUAACGAAGUAUAUAUUUAGAAAAAAUUACACAUUUGAUAUGAAUAAAGACAAAAAUUCUUUUGUUGUUUUUUAUUUAUUCACAAAAAACGAUCACAUUUCUGUUUAUAAUUUACCGUACUGUUCUUACAAAUAAUUAGAACCCUUCAAAAUCAUUGUCACUAUCACCCUCAUCAUAGAGUAUUAGUUAGGAAACCCUAGAUAUAGGAACAUUUUCUGUUUUUUAGUAUUUUUUCUUAAUUUUAUGCCAUUUUUGACUUGGAUAAUGAAUUCUCAAUGGUAAUAUUCAUACUCAGUAUAAUUAUCAGCUAUGCAUACAUUAAAUUCUUUGAAGUGACACCUCUGUAUUUAUAUAUUAGUACUCUGUACACACAACCAAGUAAAGAGUCAGAUAGCGAUGAAAAUGUAUGGCUGGAAAAUUGGCAUUAGUCUCUGUCCUUGUGUCCAUUUGUUUUAUGCGCAUAUAAGCCGACAACCUGAUUUCAGUAUUGUAUUAUUUAGUUCUUAAUUCGGCUUAUAUGCGAGUAUAUACGGUAAUUUUUAGUGUAAUAAUCUAAUUCUGAUUCAAGUAAUUUUUUAAAAACUGUAUAAAGUAUUUAUUGCUGAAAUCAUCUCUUAUGAGUUUUCCCAUUUUUCAGGCAUAUUGAAGAAAGCACUCAGCAAAGCUUCAUCCAACAAACUGUCAACAGUUCAAAAAAUCAAGCUGGACAGUGGAAUAGCCUUCAGCACUUGUCUCCCUUGUUCCUUGUAUCGGCAAACUAUCAACACACUGACACAGCUAAAAAUGGAUAUACUAGGAGGUCAGUGGCUAUUAUAUUAUGAACACUAAAAAAAUUAAAUUUCAAAUUCUUCAAAAAUGAAAAUUGAAAAAAAAUUUUUGUUAUAUUUGUUAUUGAUAUAGAAAUAUGUUUGUGUUUUGCAAGGAAGUUUGCAAGAUUUAAUUAUAUUACUUUGUUGCCAGGCUUUAAAAGCCAUCACAGAUUAAAUUAUUCCAAUUUAAAAGAAUAUUAAAAUAAUUCACUUUAACUUUUAGUCAUUUUAAAACCAUAUGUUUCUUGGACACCCCCCAACCCAACCCCCAGGUCUAGCAUACAAUGAUGUACUGUUGCCCAUCUUGUGGAGGUUUCUCUGUGACCUUGGCCCACAUUGUGGAUUAAAGAUAUUCCUUGAGCUGUUGUCUCAGGCCCCCAACUCCACCAUACAUCCAGUAUUCAGCCUCUUGUCACUGUUCUGUGAGACUGCAUCACAUAUGAUCACGUGAGCACUCAUAAUAUUAGUCAAACAUUUUUAAUGGAAAAUAAUUUUAAAAAAAUCUAUUUCAGUUUCAUUGUAAUAUGUCUUUAAUUAGAAAGCAUCUUGUUAAGUUUGUCUACUUUUAUUGAUACAAUAUCCAUACUAAUAUUAGAAGGACAAACAAACAAAACGCUGUGCUCCAGCAAAGUAAGGGAAUGGGCAUCAGUGCAGAGAGUACAGUUUUUAAAAAACAUAGGUUAAUUUUUAUUGUACCUUAUAUUAAACUGUACGUUUCACUCAUUUUGUUUAUAAGACAUAUCUACAUUUACAUACAUUUAAAAAAUAAAAUUUAAAUUUGUAUGAAAUUAAACUGUAAGGUCAAAGGUUGGCCCAAUGAGAUUAAAUUUUAACAAAGAACACCAACUGCUCAACACUUAAAACCUAGUAUCUCUGAGAUAAAAAAACGGAAAUGAGUUAAACAAGUGUGGUCAAACCUGAAAAAAGGAACGCAACAAAACAUCAAACGUGUCGGUCAAAAGCCUUUGUCGGAGAACAAAAAACAGAAAAAAAAAGAAUAAAAUUUAAAAAUAGCACUCAGAAGUAUCCAAGAGGACAGCAAAAGAAUUGUGACAGAAAAUAAGUACUGUAUUUUCACACAUAUAAGAUGCACUUGUAUAUAAGACGCACCCAUGUAUAAGACACACCCAUAUAUAAGAGCAGGUUUUUACAAUGUGUGUAAAAAAAAUUUUGUAUAAGGGGCUACCAUAUAUAAGACACACCAUGGGUGCAGGGUACGUCAAACUUUGUAUAAGACGUGUCUUAUAUACGCGAAAAUAUGGUAGGUGAGAGAUUAAAUACAGUCAAAAGGGGAAAGAAAAGAGGAGAAGUCGGUCCACCAUGAUUGGUCAUGACGUGGAGGGGGCGGGGCAAAGGCUGCUUGAGCUGUGAAUAAAGACAUGAUGUGCUUACCAUGUGGUUUCAAGGUUCCAUAGGUCAGGAUAAGCUUGUCUUCCAAAUCCAUCCGGCGGGGUGUGUUUGCGCUGGUCACGAUCGCACUAAUUGUAAAAUUCGCUCUGCCCUUGUGGUCGCUUCUGUUGAAGUGUUUAGAGAUGGGACACUCUCUAAAAUCUCUGAGAUAGCAAAUCGCUUAUGACUGUAGUACCUCUUUCAAAAAAAAACCCCAAAACAACCUAACACCUCUUUGCACAAGCUCCCCAUCUUUUGACAUGCCAGUAUCUACCCUAUCCUUUAUAUGUGCCCGUUAUUUAAGGAAAUACUUUUAACUUUAAAUGUGGCAUGCUGUUACAUAUAGCGUGGAAACCACUGUACUUAUUUCGUUUUUUAAUAUUUGAGUUCAGUAUACUUGACGACACUGAAAUGUUGGAGCAGCAAAAGGUAUUCAGGAUGUCAGACUAUGUCAAGAUGAGCGAGUUUCUCAACAUGUUCAUCUUCAAAGUCAUAUGGGGCGCACUUAUUAGUAAGUCAUAGAAAUGCAUCUGUAGUCAAUGUGUCAUGAACAAUGUCUGUAAAGUCAAAAUAACAAUCAGUCAUUUUGGCAUUUUUAAUACAUUUUUUUUUUUUUUUUGUAUUUGUAUUUUAUUAAAAAUUCUUUGCCAUUUAUUUUUAAAUUUUAGAAUUAGUUUACUUGGAAAAAUUGUUCUAUACCUCAAUUUCUUCUGCUGAUGAUGUGUCCUUGACUACCUCUAUUCAGCUUUGGACCAAGCCCCUAACUGUGAUGUGUUUACCUCAACGCUGACUCUUCUCAUGAUACUUCAUAACAGAGACAGUCGACGGAACUUUACCGGUCCUAACCACUGGCUCAUUAGGUAAACAUUUGUACAGGUACUCCCUGCACAUUCAGAAAAACAAACAUAUAUAUAACAUAUUGUUAAGAGUGUAGGCCACACAUGAUUAUAAACCCACACGUUUGAGGUUUAAUGAUAUUUUAAAGCAAAUAUUAAUUUUUUUCAACUGAAAGAAAAAUAUAGAUUAGUAUAAAAGUAAAACAGUAUUAUAAUGAAUUAUUAUAAAGACAUGUAUUUUAACAUUUUCGGUAGCCCUGCUUUCGACAGCAUAUGUUAUAUCCUCAGAAAUAUUGAAAGUUAUUUUGUAACAACUCCCACCCAACCACAACAUAUUGUUCACAUAUACCAGCAUGUUUUUCAUGUUCCACAGUGCCUCCUAUUUUCCCUCAAAAUUUAUUAAUAAUAUACAGUGGAGAAUCCCAGUAUGAUUUUUUAUUUUCUUUCUUUAAUACUUGUACAUAUACAAUGGCAUGUUGUCCACAUAGUGGACAUUGGCAUGUUGUUAACAUAUAUUGGCAUGUUGCUCACAUAUAAUAUUAUUUUUAAAUCUUAUCACGUUUUGCCUUGUCCUGAUUGUAGAACACACCUCAAGGUUUGAAAACUCACAUCAAGGGAAAGAUGUUGGUCAAUGCUCUGAACAAUACAGUUUAACAUACUCUGAUGUGACCUGUGCUUGUCCAUAGACUAUCUCAAACUUUAUUUUCACAAUGCAAAUACCGAACAUGGCGAUCAUUUUUUUUUUUUUUUCGCUAUUCACAUUUGAACUUUUGUUUCUUUCAGGGAUGUCAAACCAAGUCAUUUUAUGUCAGAGCUGGAGAAGGACAAGAAAACGGCUCUAUUCCUUAUGCAAAAAGUUCCCCACAUCAUUCCAUUUAAUGAGGCAAGUUUUAAGGUGUUUCGGUGUUGCCAACAAUUUACUAUUAUCACUUUUUAAGACCCCAAACAAUUUGCUUUUUCUUACACUGCUGACACUGAAAACCUCAGAGGGAAAAUCAGUGGUUGUAGAUUUAAUGUCACAGAUCUUAAUGAGAACUAAUAAGUCCCUAAAAAUGGCUAAGAGAACUCAUUGAAUGGCUGCUAGUGAAAAAAUGUAUUACAAAUGUCUUGUGUUCAAAUUGUUUUUUUUAUAUGUGCUGAAAAUGUACAAUGCAAUCAUAAAACAUGUCCAUUUGUUUGGAUCAAUAAAAGAAUCUUAUCUUAAUUUUAACAUUUCAAUGAAUGAUACUGGUGUUUUAAAUUUAGAGGCAGUAGUAAGUCGAAGCACUAGAAGAAGUGAGGGAAUCAUCAUGCUGGAUGAUUGGUUAAUUUCCAGGGUCACUGACUCAACGUAUCGGUAGAUAAUAACCACAAGCAAAAUAAAGUUGAUUGCAUGUCAAAGAGGUAGAGGUAAACAUCUCUUAGCCAGCAAAAUGUCGGCUCUGCUAAGAAUGCUGAAAGAGAUGAGGACUUAAAAUGAAACUAAAAUUGCACAUACACAAAUAUGUAAUGAUAUAUACAUGUGUCAAUGAGUUAUCAAAGUUGUCUGCAAUCUGGUUUUUCUUUUUGCAGUUGAUGAAACCUCUGUCUUUUCCUUACUAAUAAUCACUCUCACUCAACUUUAUUUGCUGACAUGAUUGUUUGUUCCCGUUUAUAAUUAAUCACAUAAGUUAAUUUAUUAUUUUCGCACCCAUGGUCCACAGCGUGUGAUUAUCUUCAGGAAGAAUGUAAUGAGAGAGAAGGAGUUAAUGGGCCUAACGGAGUCAUCAUGUACAUCAGCACAGUCCACACUAAUAACUGUUCAUCGGAGCCGAAUUGUGGAGGCAGGUUUUUUUUACAAACGUUUCUUCAUAAAUGAAUUAUUGCGUUUUUAAUCCUAAGGAGAAGGUUGCAAGUAAAAGUGUGUCUUUUCAUUUCUUAUUUAAGUUAUUACCGUAAAUAUUAGAUUAUAUAGCAGACUGGAAAGAGAGACGACAGCAAGAGGCCUGAAGCUUGGAAAGAAAUAUUCUCCGCUGGGAGUUGAAAAGACAAAGAGAUGAAUUUAAUAGCGGUGUUCGUGUACUCUCUUAAAUUGUAUUUUAUUUAAUAUCUUGUAACACUCAAAGAUUCAUUUCUUUCACUUGUAUAUUCUUUUUCUUUACAGGAUGGAUAUCGGCAAUUGGCGCAACUACCUGGGCGAGCUCUGAAAGGAGUUAUUCGUGUAAAAUUUAUCAAUGAAAUGGUAAUUUAAUUUUUUUAUUAAAAUGUAAACUGAUUCUUUUCAUUAGAAUGGAUCAUUCGGAAUCAGGUAAUGUAAAAAAUGUCAAAGUUAUUAUCUGCUCCAUACCAGAAUAUCUUUAAAUCUCUUAAAACCCAAAAGUACUGGGUAUAUGAAACCUACCUUGACAAAAUAUAAUAACCUUUUUUAACCAUAUUAUUCACCUAAUUUAUUUCAAAAUUAAGCAUUAUACUUCUAUACGGUGAACUGUAACUUGCAGGGCCUUGAUGAAGCUGGCAUUGACCAAGACGGUGUUUUUAAAGAAUUUCUAGAGGAGACCAUCAGCAAGGUUUUUGAUCCACACUUAAACUUGUUUAAAGUAAGUUGUUAUCGUACUUUUAUUUUUUUUUUAAACUGAAAGAUCUGUGAAAAAUGGCCAAAUCCCAAGGCGUCACCUGUGUGACUCAACAGUCUUCCUAUUUGUAUGCUCUCAGGUGACAAGUGAACAGAAGCUCUACCCUUCCUCCACAUCAUAUAUACAGGACAGCCACCUCCAGUUGUUUGAGUUUGUUGGAAAGAUGCUAGCAAAAGCCGUCUACGAGGUUUGUUGUAUCAGGAUUGUUUCACAACAUUUACUUGAAUUAGCUGAGGGAGCAAAAAUUAGUUUUAUUCUAUAAAAAAUUAGUUUUCAAAACCUAGCAAUAGCAGAACAGUGAAGCUAUAAACAGAUUUAACUUUUUAAAAUUGUCCAAAAACUUAAAUCUUAAACCAAGUCCCCUUAACUCCAUAACCUCCAAAUCUGGACAGUAAUGAUUCUACCCCUAAACAAACCAAAGCCAUCUGCCCGACACGCUUUAAUCAUAGAGCAGAACUCUUUCUAAUCUCGGGCAGCUCACUUCCAUUGUAUCGAUUGGGGAAAGAGUAUUUAUAAGCUGUCUGGUUAUUGUCAUAGUUUUACAUUUAAGAACUGAGGCUUAAUUAAGUGGCUAAUUCCCCAGCCUAAAAUACAGUACUAGGUGACUUUCAAUUCUAAUAGAUGUUUGUCAAAUUUCCAGGGCAUUAUUGUAGACGUUCCGUUUGCACCAUUCUUCCUGACUCAAAUCCUAGGACACUUGCAGAGUGCUACUUACAGUCCUUUGGAUGAGUUGCCCUCCCUUGAUAGUGACCUUGCUAAGUCCCUGUCCUACAUAAAGGUAUUACAUAUAUUGCCAUUUUUGUCUUUCAUAAAUAUAAACGGAUGGAAAGGAUCAACUGAUUAAAAAAAUAUAUAUAUAAUGAUUAAUCAUAACUGUUCCCAUAAUUUUAUUUAAAUUCCAGAGGGUGUUUAAUUAUUAAAUACCAAAAAUGAAUUUUUUGAUUGAUUUUUUGUUUUGUUGCUAUAUGGCUGUUAUUUUAAUUAAAUAAUUUAUGUUAUUUUUUAAUGUCAUGAUUAUUUUUGCUAAAACUGUUAUGUACAGCGCGGUGGGCCCAGCCCUAGUGGUACAAAAGACCUCUAAUAAUAAUAAUAAUAAAUCAAAACCUCAUUAAUUAUAUACACAAUUAUAGUUAAAUUAAUUAAAUCAACCAAUUCAUGAAAACUGUAUUUGGAUAUUCUAAAGUGGUAGUACAUUCAUUUUGGAAAGGGUAAACUAAAUCAGUUUUUAAAAGCCUAGUUAAGCCCCUUGAUAUUUGAUGGGUUUUGACAAAGGAAAUAAAAAUAUGGUUCACAACUUUUUCAGCACUACGAUGGAGAUAUAUGUGAUCUGGAGCUGACUUUCUCCUGUGAUGAAGACAUCCUGGGUAGAAUAGUCACACAUGAGCUGGUCCCUGGGGGUAAAGCCAUUCAAGUUACCAAUGAAAACAAGUUUGUAUUUUGUGUAUGAUUUUAUUGCAUGGCAGAUCAAAUUGACCAAGUAUAAAGAUUGCUGUUCCUUUUUAAAAUUAGUUAUUCCAUAAAUGGUAUUCUAAAAGUAGGUGUACACAACCUGUGCCUUGAAAAUUUUAAGAACUGUAUCUUAAAUAAAAUAAUUUAAAAAAAUUAUAUACAUUUUUAAUUGUGAUCAAUCCAAUUAAGUCCUUCUAUAAAUUUUCUCAAUGUGGCUGGGGCACUGCCAUUUGUGAGUUCAUUUUGAAAAAAAAUAAGUUAAGAAUCAUCCGUGUUAAUCUUUGUUUUUUAUUUAAUCCAAUGAAAUCUUUCAGGAUAAGAUAUGUUCACCUGAUGGCCCACCAUCGCAUGUAUAGACAGAUAAGGGAGCAAACUCUUGCUUUUGUGAAAGGGUUCAAAUCUGUUGUCAACCCUGAUUGGCUAAGCAUGUUUUCUGCCCCAGAAUUACAAAAACUCAUUUCAGGAGACAGUGACUCUCUUGAUAUGGAUGAUUUGAGGUAUUUUAUAGGGGGGGGGGGGGGGGGGGGGGGGGGGGGGGGGCGCUAUUAUACACCACAGUGAACUGUUGUAUUAAAAGCUGUCAAAAUUUGUUAACUAAAAAAUAAAAUACAUGAAUGUAUGAAGAAAAUUCCCUCUAAUGAACAAAUAAUAGAUAAAGCAUGCAAGAGCUCAACAAAAUGGCAAUAGGUGUACAUGUUAUUCAUUGAGAGAUAAACCACCACUUCCAGUUGAGGUUGCUUCACUCAUACUUGUGAAAUGUUCUCUAUUUAAAGAAAAAACCCUCACACACAAAUGUAUGGUAAAGUAAACCUUGUCUCCUCCACUAUCCUCGUUUUAUUUACUAAACUGCUCUAUGAAAUUAUGUGCAGACGUCACACUCAGUACUAUGGUGGAUAUCACAACAACCACAAAGUCAUCAACUGGCUGUGGGAUAUUGUAGAGAAUGAUCUCACCACUGAAGAGAAGGGACUUUUCCUUAAGGUAAUCUCCCUUGUAUACUUUGAAACCGAUGGCAUGGAUGUCUGGUUAGAUUUGUAAAAUUUAAUAACCACAGAAAUAAACAUUAUUUUAAAUAUGUAGAUGAUAUUUAUUUUUUUUUUUUUUUUUUUUUUUUUUUUUUUUUUUUUUUUUUUUUUUUUUUUUUUUUUUUUUUUUUUUUUUUUUUUUUUUUUUUUUUUUUUACUAAACUUUCACUCUAAAGGGAUAUAAUCAUAGUUUGCCCUUAGGCGUAGGAUGAAAUUUCAAUGUUGAAAAAUUGUAAUUUAAUUUUGUUUAAUCAGGUGUUGAUAACAAUUACUGGUAUGUCAAUUAAAAAUAUUUUUUUAAAAUUAAAACAAGAGUAAGAAUAAAAUGUAACUUCCUAAAACAUGCUUUAAUUGAACAUUUUAACAAAUAGUCAUGCUCAUAGCUUUCACAAAAAUGUAAUACCAUAUUUCAAAUAAAAGCUUGUUUUCAACCCAAGAAUGUACAUUAAUGAUAAUGAAAACUUUAUGUUGCAAAAAUUUUCAGUCACAUUGAACCAAAAUUUACAACUUACCAACCUACAAUGUAGAUUUUUCAAUAAUAUUUUUAUGUAUGAUAACAGUAUGUCUUCAAUUAUUAUAGUUUGUGACAAGCUGUUCGAAACCUCCCUUAUUAGGAUUUGCUCACAUGGAGCCCCCAUUCUCAAUAAGAUGUGUGGAAUUUCAAUAAUAUUUUUAUGUAUGAUAACAGUAUGUCUUCAAUUAUUAUAGUUUGUGACAAGCUGUUCGAAACCUCCCUUAUUAGGAUUUGCUCACAUGGAGCCCCCAUUCUCAAUAAGAUGUGUGGACGUUAGUGAUGAUCAGGUUUGUCAGAAACUUUUUGAUCUAUUAUAGAUUUUUUUUACAAUCCAAAAACAGUUUUUUUGUAAUCUUUCUAUUUCUAAUUAUUUUAAGAAAAAAUUAAUUAGUCAAAUAUAAAUUACCAAUAUAUUGCUACAAAAAAUUAAUGAUUAAAAAUGCAAAUUCAAGUUAUGGGUUUACAUUAUAAAAAAUAAUAAUAAAUUUUUAUUGAUCAAGAAGUAUUUGAACAUAACAUGUUCACUUUUUUCCUAAAUGGUUAAAUCACAACUUUUAAAUAAGAAUAGAUCCUUUAACAUUAAAAGUAAUAUUUUCAUCAAAUUUUGAGUUUUUACUUUAAUGCAAGGCAAUUUUCUCAAAAAAUGAACUCGGAUGAUGAAUUUAAUCGUAUUUUAUAUAUAUUUAAUGAUAAGGUAUCGUUUACUUAUGCUAGAUCUAGUAAGACAGAUUCCUAAUUUGAAUUUAAAUUUCAAUAAUAUUUUUAUGUAUGAUAACAGUAUGUCUUCAAUUAUUAUAGUUUGUGACAAGCUGUUCGAAACCUCCCUUAUUAGGAUUUGCUCACAUGGAGCCCCCAUUCUCAAUAAGAUGUGUGGAAGUUAGUGAUGAUCAGGUUUGUCAGAAACUUUUUGAUCUAUUAUAGAUUUUUUUUACAAUCCAAAAACAGUUUUUUUGUAAUCUUUCUAAUUAUUUUAAGAAAAAAUUAAUUAGUCAAAUAUAAAUUACCAAUAUAUUGCUACAAAAAAUUAAUGAUUAAAAAUGCAAAUUCAAGUUAUGGGUUUACAUUAUAAGAAAUAAUAAUAAAUUUUUAUUGAUCAAGAAGUAUUUGAACAUAACAUGUUCAAUUUUUUCCUAAAUGGUUAAAUCACAACUUUUAAAUAAGAAUAGAUCCUUUAACAUUAAAAGUAAUAUUUUCAUCAAAUUUUGAGUUUUUACUUUGAUGCAAGGCAAUUUUCUCAAAAAAUGAACUCGGAUGAUGAAUUUAAUCGUAUUUUAUAUAUAUUUAAUGAUAAGGUAUCGUUUACUUAUGCUAGAUCUAGUAAGACAGAUUCCUAAUUUGAAUUUAAAUCAAGCAAAAUAAAUUUUGUUGAUCUUGAAAAAGUUAUUGAGUUUACUGCCAAUAUAAUCUCAAGUUUCACCAUUCUAUGGGGAAAACAACAUGUUAAGGAACUUAUGAAAGAAGAUAAAUGAGUCUCAUGAUUCCAUGGACUUGACUUUAAGGGCCUUUUUCAAACAUAAGUUAGGGCUUCUCCUUACAUGUGCAUUGUGUUAUAUUCAGUAAAAUAAAGUAAUAUGCAAGAGUUUGUUAUUUCACAUUAAAAGUUUUAUUUAAAAAAUAAAAGUGCUAAUUUUACUUCCUUAAACUAAAAAAAACUAAACUUAAAUUUAUUAGUCUCUGUAUUGGUACAAAGUAGGACCGUUUAUUUAUGUACCCCAUUAACCUAGCCCUAUCAGCUUACUACCUUCCAGGAAGGGUGACUGUGACACGUUGUUAUCCUAUAAUUGCCGGACAUGUCUACCAUGGACGUUGACCUACAUUUAAGGUCAAGCCAUGCGAAACGAUUCAGAUUCAGUAUUAGUACUGGGUGUAUUCCCUACAGUUAGAGAGAGACAAGAUGAGCAUAUCGAUGCGUGACUAGCUUUCCAUUGCAUUAUCUAAAUACUAGCUAGGGACAUCCAAUAGUUAGCAGCAAUAAUAAUUCAAGGAACUUAGACUUGUGAUAGUAAUUUUUAUAUUACUUUGAGAUUUAGAUAUUGUUAGUGUUAGACCUGUAUUCAUUUCUUUGUAUGUAGAUUGUAUGUAUCUUUAUUCAUCUGAUAUUUCAUGUAAUAAAGUACAAUUAUAUAGAACACUGAUUGUCUUAAUUUUAGCCAAUAGUGUGUCUAAAAUCUACCUGUGAAAGCCCCUUUUCAAAUUCCCUAGACCACGAGCUUGUUCAAAUUCAUUGAACACAAUAAAGGGUGUAACAUUAUUCACAAAUGGAUGCAUGAUAUUUUUAAUGUGAUUACUAAAAUCCCUUAUUUGAGACUUUGCUUUGUAUUAUAUUAUAAAACUUUUUGUAAACUGACCUACCUAUAUCAGAACAGAAAGGUCAUGCAUAAUAAAUAUGUACAUGUCCUUAUCCUCUAGGACACCGGUGACACAGUUGGCUCAGUACUUAAAGGUUUUUUUAACAUCAAAAAGAAAGAUGCUGGCGGCCGUCUACCUACCUCCUCCACCUGCUUUAAUCUACUGAAACUUCCAAACUACUCCAAAAAGUCAAUCCUGCGUGAAAAGCUGAGAUACGCUAUUCAUUCUCAUUCUGGAUUUGAGAUUUCUUGAUAUUACCAGCUAUUUUUACAUGUCUUAUUGUUUCCUGUAGAAGAAUCUGGUGAUAUAUUUGUUACAAUUUUUAACUUUCUACUGUAACCUAACAAGACCAUCAGGUAUUGUCAUAGGGAAUUACUGUUGCACUGACACCACUCCAAAAAAAGAACAAUUUUUUUUACAGCGUUUGAAUUUAUUGACAUGUUAUGGUGUGCAUUUUUACACUAUUAAACUUUCAAGCAAUUUUUAAUAGUUGAUACCUUAUUAAAGAAAAAAAAUAUACAGUAUUUACACUUGGCUAAAACUUAAUUACUUG